AUGGCUGUGGACAGGGAACGUGGUCGCUAUGGCAACAACCCCUUCGGAAUCCCCAGUGAGGAGCGGAAUGCGCUGGCCCUGAAUGUGCUGUUGCUAGGCGACAGACAGAGUGGGAGGAGCUCUGUCGGGAAUGCUCUGAUUGGUGGAGAGGAAUUCCAUACAGGCACCUGCAUUUCUGGCAUCUCCAUGACGACGGAGUGCCAGCUCCUCAGCCGAAAUUUCCAGAGAUUUUUCAGAAGACAGGGGGCGGAGUCUGACCUCCUGCUGAGAGUGGUUGACACGCCCCCAAACAUGCCCCGCCCACAUCACGUGCAUGAACUCUGCCCUGAGGGUGUGCACAUACUUGUGCUCGUUGUGAGGGUUGACAUGCCACACGGCAACACACACUUGGAGGAGGAUGUUGUGACUCUAUUCGGUCCAGAAUGGCAUCGUCACGCUUUACUCGUUCUCACGCACGCUGACUGCCUGAAGGAGGCGGGACUUCACCAGUCAGUCUACCUAACACAGGGCAGUGAUUGGCUGAGAGCUCUGGUUGGACGGGUGCAAGGAGGAGUCUUCUUCUUGGACAACAGCCGUGACUGGCCGUCAAUCAGAGGACGACCACUGAGAGACGAGCUGCUCCGCCUCUCAGCCAGGAACCAUCACAGAGCUCUGACAGUCAGGACAGAGGUCUCACUCUGA